AUGACUGUGAUCACAAACGGAAUGUCCGACGACUCAAUGCUCGCAGCCAUCGCUGCCCUGAUCAAACCUCUUGCCAUCACGACGGGCGGCACAGUAGUCCCGUCCCAUAUCGACCUCCCAGGACAUGACUCGCCCGAGAAACACUGCCUGGAAGUCGAGUUGAUAGCCCUUAUCGAGAGAAUACACAAACUCGAGUCAAAGUCGCCAUGCAACGCCUGCGCCGCCUGCGCUGCCGCCACCGUCUUCCCAGACUUCCCGCCCGAGACGGCCGACUCGUUUUUUAGCAAUGAGACCGCCUCGUCCAUCACAAGCAGCGCCUGCGGCGGCGCCCCGCCACCACUGCCAGCCCCGGAUUCCGACAGCGCCGUCAGCGCCCGCAGCAGCUUUGCCGAAGACAGUGUUCUGGUUGCCACCAAGCUGACUAGCAAGGCGCUCGUCGGCCUGCACAAGCACGUCGACAACCAGUCCAAGCUGCUCGACUCCCAGCGGCAGCAGCUUGCCGGCGUCAACGCCCAGCUGCUCGAGCAGAAGACCCUGCAGGAGCGUACCCUUCAGCAGCUUGAGCUCCAGCGCGUGGCCACACUCGAGCGCGAACUAUGGAAGCACCAGAAGGCCAACGAGGCCUUCCAGAAAGCCCUGCGCGAGAUUGGCGAGAUCGUCACCGCCGUCGCCCGCGGCGACCUCUCCAAGAAGGUCGGGAUGAACUCGGUCGAGAUGGACCCCGAAAUCACCACCUUCAAACGCACCAUCAACACCAUGAUGGACCAGCUGCAGGUCUUCUCCAGCGAGGUCUCACGCGUCGCCCGCGAAGUCGGCACCGAAGGCAUGCUGGGUGGCCAGGCCCAGAUCGAAGGCGUUGACGGCACCUGGAAAGAGCUGACCGACAACGUCAAUAUCAUGGCCCAAAACCUGACCGACCAGGUGCGCGAAAUCGCCUCGGUCACCACCGCCGUCGCCCACGGCGACCUGACCAAGAAGAUUGAGCGCCCGGCCCGCGGCGAGAUAUUCCAGCUGCAGCAGACCAUCAACACCAUGGUUGACCAGCUGCGCACUUUUGCGUCCGAGGUCUCGCGCGUCGCCCGUGACGUCGGCACCGAGGGUAUGCUCGGCGGCCAGGCCGACGUCGAGGGCGUCAAGGGCAUGUGGAACGAGCUGACGGUCAACGUGAACGCCAUGGCCAACAACCUGACGACCCAGGUGCGCGACAUCAUCAAGGUCACCACAGCCGUGGCCAAGGGCGACUUAACCCAAAAGGUCCAGGCCGAAUGCCGCGGCGAGAUCUUUGAGCUGAAGAAGACGAUCAACUCCAUGGUGGACCAGCUACAGCAGUUUGCCCGCGAGGUUACCAAGAUCGCCCGUGAAGUCGGCACGGAGGGUCGCCUGGGCGGCCAGGCCACCGUGCAUGACGUCGAGGGCACGUGGCGCGACCUGACCGAAAACGUCAACGGCAUGGCCAUGAACUUGACGACGCAGGUGCGCGAAAUCGCAAAGGUGACCACGGCCGUGGCACGCGGUGACUUGACCAAGAAGAUCGGCGUCGAGGCGCGCGGCGAGAUCCUCGACCUCAAGAACACCAUCAACACCAUGGUCGACCGGUUGGGCACGUUUGCCUUUGAGGUCAGCAAGGUGGCCCGCGAAGUCGGCACCGACGGCACGCUCGGCGGUCAGGCCCAGGUCGACAAUGUCGAGGGCAAGUGGAAGGACCUGACCGAGAACGUGAACACGAUGGCGUCCAACCUGACGUCGCAGGUGCGCGGCAUUUCCAGCGUGACCCAGGCCAUUGCCAACGGCGACAUGACCCGCAAGAUCGACGUCGAGGCUAUGGGCGAGAUACUCAUCCUCAAGGUGACCAUCAACAACAUGGUUGACCGCCUGUCCGUCUUCUGCAACGAGGUCCAGCGCGUGGCCAAGGACGUGGGUGUCGACGGCAUCAUGGGUGGCCAGGCCGACAUUGCCGGGCUCAAGGGACGCUGGAAGGAGAUUACGACAGACGUGAACACGAUGGCGAAUAAUCUGACUGCCCAGGUUCGUGCUUUCGGCGACAUUACCAAUGCCGCCACAGACGGCGACUUCACCAAGCUGGUCGAGGUUGAGGCGUCGGGCGAGAUGGACGAACUCAAAAAGAAGAUCAACCUGAUGGUGUACAACCUGCGCGACAGCAUCCAGAGAAACACGCAGGCCCGGGAGGCGGCUGAGCUGGCCAACAAGACCAAGUCCGAGUUCCUCGCCAACAUGUCGCACGAGAUCCGCACUCCCAUGAACGGCAUCAUCGGCAUGACCCAGCUCACGCUGGACACCGACCUCACGCUCUACCAGCGCGAGAUGCUCAACAUUGUCAACAACCUGGCCAACAGCUUGCUCACCAUCAUCGACGACAUUCUGGACUUGUCCAAGAUUGAGGCGCGGCGCAUGGUCAUCGAGGAGAUCCCGUACACGCUCCGUGGCACCGUCUUCAACGCGCUCAAGACGCUCGCCGUCAAGGCCAACGAGAAGUUCCUCGACCUCACCUUCCACGUGGACAGUUCGGUACCGGAUCACGUGAUCGGCGACUCGUUCCGGCUGCGCCAAAUCAUCCUCAAUCUCGUCGGCAACGCGAUCAAGUUCACCGAGCGCGGCAAGGUCAGUCUGACGAUCCGUAAGGCCGGCCAGGUCGACUGCAGCAGCGGCGAGUACGCCAUUGAGUUUGUCGUGACCGACACCGGCAUCGGCAUCCCGGCCGACAAGCUGGACCUCAUCUUCGACACCUUCCAGCAGGCCGACGGCUCCAUGACCCGCAAGUUUGGCGGUACGGGCCUGGGCCUGUCCAUCUCCAAGCGUCUGGUCAGCCUGAUGGGCGGCGACGUCUGGGUCGAGAGCGAGUACGGCAAGGGCAGCUCGUUCUACUUCACCUGCGUCGUCCGCCUGGCCGUGAGCGACAUCUUCCAGAUCCACAAGCAGCUGGACCCGUACCGCGGCCACCAGGUGCUCUUCAUCGACAAGGGCGUCAACCGGAACAGCGGUGACAUUGUAGCCAUGAUGAAAACGCUCGGUCUAGUUCCGGUCGUCGUCGACUCGGAGCGGAACCCGUCGCUGACCCAUGCCCGCGCCAAAGCCUCGCCGCCCAAAGACGUCGUCAUCGUGGUCGACUCGCUCGACACGGCCCGUCGACUGCAGUCGAUCAACAAGUUUGAGUACGUGCCGAUCGUGCUGCUGGCACCGGUUGUGCAGGUGAGCCUGAAGUCGUGCAUCGAGCUGGGCGUGACGUCCUUUAUGACGUCGCCCUGCGACCUAGUCGAUCUGGCCAACGGCAUGGUGCCGGCGCUGGAGAAUCACGCGACGCCUUCGUUGACCGACAACACCAAGUCGUUUGACAUUCUCCUGGCCGAAGACAACACCGUGAACCAGCGGCUGGCCGUCAAGAUUCUGGAAAAGUACCACCACGUCGUGACGGUGGUCGGCAACGGCGAGGAGGCCGUAGAGGCCGUAAAGCAUAAGAACUUUGACGUCAUUUUGAUGGACGUCCAGAUGCCGGUGAUGGGUGGUGUCGAGGCUACGAGCAAAAUCCGCGAGUACGAACGGUCUGGGAACGUCCAGCGAACUCCCAUCAUUGCGCUGACGGCUCACGCGAUGAUGGGCGACCGAGAAAAGUGUCUGCAGGCCCAGAUGGACGAGUACCUGUCCAAGCCGCUGCAGCAGAACCACCUGAUCGAGACGAUCCUCAAAUGUGCCACGCUCGGCGGCGCUCUGCUGGAAAAGAACCGGGAACGCGAGCUCGCAAGGCACAGCGAGUCCAAGGUGGCGACACAGUCAACAUCGGCCCUGUAUGUCCCGACGCGCGUGGCUCUACUUACGCCGCUCAGCCGGCCGGUCACAGCUGGCGAUGCGGACCAUCCGGCGGCGUCCCUGGUCGACCAAACGGCAGAAAAUCAAAGGGCAAGCAGCUAG